UUUGUGCCUCAAAUUUGCUGUGGAGGAGGAAGAGAUUGGGAGGUGAAAAGUCAUAGAGAAACAUCGAGGGGACGCGGUGGCGGCGGAGGUGGUGGCUCCGGCAAAGAUAAAAUUGACGCACUUGGUAGAUUAUUGACGCGUAUAUUGCGCCAUAUGGCGGGUGAGUUGAGUUUGAAUAUGCGAAGCGAUGGAUAUGUGAAGGUUAAUGAUCUGUUAAAGCUAAACAUGAAGACAUUUGCUAAUAUUCCGUUGAGAUCACAUACUAUUGAUGAGAUUAAGGAGGCUGUCAGAAAGGAUAAUAAGCAGCGCUUCGGCCUCUUGGAAGAAAAUGGGGAACUUUUGAUACGUGCAAACCAAGGCCACACAACAACGAUAGUUGAAUCUGAAAGAUUGUUGAUGCCAAUCCUUUCAUCUGAAGAAGUUCCAGUGUGCGUGCAUGGGACCUACAGGAAGAAUUUGGAAUCGAUAUUAGGCUCCGGUCUAAAGACAAUGAAAAGAUUGCAUGUUCACUUUUCAUGUGGCUUGCCAACAGAUGGGCAAGUGAUUAGCGGUAUGAGGCGCAAUGUAAAUGUUUUGAUCUAUCUCGAUGUUAAAAAAGCUUUAGAAGAGGGAAUGAAGUUUUACAUUUCAGAGAACAAGGUGAUCUUGACUGAAGGUUUUGAUGGUGUUAUUCCUGUCAAGUACUUUGAGAAAAUAGAAUCAUGGCCCGAUAGAAAGCCGAUACCUUUCUCAACCUAAAUCGGUUGGAUGCAAUCGUGCCAUUUCUCUGUUUCAUUUCCGACCCGUUGGAGGAUUGUAGCAACAACUAAAUGAGAUGCUACGAUUCUGUUUUUCGUAACAUAUGUAAAGCCGGUUGUAGUCAGCAAUUUUCUUAUCAAUGGAAAUCAAAAUUGAUGUUUUUGAUGUUAGAUUGAUGUCUUUGUGUCUACACAACUAGAAGACUGCUUUUCUUAUGUAAUCAAAGUGGAGUGAAGAGACUUAUGGAAA